GGAUCUCCAACAUCAGGCUUUUUUGUUUUUGUUUUUGCAUUCGGGGUGCAGGGAACGUUGGGAGGGGGGGGGUGGGGUACAAGCUUUUACACGUGCGUAGUUCGCUCAUGCUUGUGCCUCUCGCUGUCUGUAAGCAUGUCUAUCAUAGGGGGGGGAGGAGGGGCGCGUGUCAGAGUAGACCAAAUGAAGCUACCAAGGGGGGGUGGGGGUGUUUGUGUGAGCGGAGGAGGAUGCCAAUAAUUAGCUACCAAGCUUGCAGCAACCAGUGUCCGUUUGUUGUCGGCCCGAUUCUAGCACGAGUGACGUCUUCCAACGCCGCUCGCUAGGAACAACAAAAAAUACGAUGGGCGGACGACCGGGCGCGUGAGGUGUGGUGUGCGUACCGUGCCGUACCGUACCGUACCGGACCGUACCGGAAACCAUGUUGUAGGGGAUGGCUUGGCUUGGCACCCGCUUGCUCGACCUUGGCUUGAGCGUUGUCGUCGUUGAUCCUUCUCGUUUUGACACCCUCAUACGGCGAGGCUUGCGGCGCGUGCCUUUGGUUCUUCGUUUUUGAGUGCUGUUUGUGUGUUGCUUGUUCGAGUGCAUACGGUUUAGGUUAAUAGGUUGCGUUUCGUUAUUUUCGCCCUGGUUACAGGGGCGAAGGAUCCCAGGUCGGAUCGGCGGCUAUUUAUGCCGCUGUGUAGCCUAGCAGGUGCGCGAGCGUCCGGGAAAUUAUGAAAAAGAAGGAAAACAGGCGAUAUCGGUUGGUGUUUGUUGUCUCUUGGGGUCGGCCGUUUCAAGUACGCGGGGUUGAUUUGGUGUGUUUGUUUUCCCUCGAAUGGGUCUGAUUGACCACUUGAUUUUCUUUCCUUGUCAUUUGUCGUUGCAGUUUCCGCCCAUGGAAAAAUGUGUUGGUUGUAGCCGUGUGGUGUGUUGGUUGUUGCCCAAGCUGCUGCCUGGCCUGGUCAGGGUUUUCUUGCUUGGGUCUGAAUUGGGUGAACAAAGUUGGUCGUUGUUGUUGUUGUUGUUGUUGUCUCGUCGCGUUGGAGGAGGUCUCGAAGGUUUGUAGAUUCCAUAUUUUCGUGCUCUUGUCUCGUUCGUGUAUCGCCGGCCUUGCAUGUUUUGACGAAACGUCUGAGUGACAGGCCGGGUCUGUGUUGUGGUGUGAGUGGCGUGUUGUGUGCGUUUCUGUGUGUAGUACUCGUGCCUUGAUGCACUCUCUUGUCUUGGUGCGGGCCAUUUCACAUGCCACGUGCAACAUUUCAGUGUUAGCUGUUGUCGUUGUUGUAGUCGUCCAGGACCGGUCAGUGAUGUCAUGCAUAUCCCGAAUCGUUUUCUUUUCUUUCUUUCUUUCUUUCUUUUGUUCUAGUCGUCUUUCUUCUUUUUUUUGUUCUUGUCAUGUGAAGGAAAAUAGCAGGGCUUGGUUGACGUUCAGCAUGUAUCGGUUUCGCACGUCUUGCCGCGAUAUAGUUGUGAGUUUGCGUGGGUGUUAAGCAGAUACCACAUGGAUGUGUUGAUAGGGGUUCUCCGCAGAGGGUUACUGCGCUCUGCUGUGUGUGCGGCCCUGAAAAGAAGAAAACGCGUGGCCAACGAACACGAUGAAUAGGCCAGGAUGAGUGGAUUAGUUUUGUGAAUGGUGGGUCAGAAUGAAUGAAUCGAGCACAAUUAAAUUUC